UUUUAUCUGCAUAUUGGUUCCUCAGCGAUGCCUCCGAAAAAGCCAGCGGUGGACUCUGCUGAUCCACCGGAGCCGUCCUCCAACGAUGCCCCGGUCGAGAAGAAAGUCGAGAAAAAAUCAGAUUCUGCGACGCUGCGCAAAAUUGCAGCUCAUCCCUCCACAGCUAUUAUGGUGAAAGAAGCGCUUAAAGAGUUGGACUCAAGAAAGGGCGUCUCAUCCCAGGCCAUACAGAACUACAUUAAACAGAAAUACCCCUCGGUGGAUGUGCUGAGGUUGAAGCACUUUGUCCGCAGAGCCCUGAAGAAAGGAAUCGAAACUGGCACUCUGGUGAGGCCAGCCAACUCCAGUGUGACUACAGGCGCAGUGGGAAGAUUCAGGCUUGCACCAGAAGUCAAGCAGACAAAGCCAAAAACUGAGAACGUGGAUCCUAAUGUACAAAAAGUCACAAAAGCAGAAAAGGAUGCAGCAAAGGAUGGAGCCAAGAAGACCAAAAAAACAGGUAAAGGUGCCACAAAAAAGAAAGAAACUGAAAAUGAACCCACAUCAUCAGAGGACUCCAAGUCUCCUAAAAAAUCAAAGAAAGAUGAGAAGGCAGCAAUUUCAAAGGUUGCCCCAGCAAAGAAGCCAAAAGCUAAAAAAGCUGCGACUGACGAUGGCAAGGGAGCCUCCGAGUCAGCCAAAACUAAAGGGAAAAGCACCAAGGAGGCAAAAGCCGGGAAGGCAUCGCAGGGCAAGACUGCUAAAGCGGGCAGUGAUGCCCCUGUUUCCAAAGCAACUGGGAAACGUGGGAAGAAGACUGCAGAGUAG